AUGCUGGUCGAAAUGGGUGUAAUGCGCGAUCUCGGACCACUCACCGGCUCCGAGGACAAGAAUUGCACCCAUGGAAUUCAAUGGAUUCAUAGGAUUUUCGGUGACUGUGUGGACAACGAGUUGAAGUUGGUGGCUUUCGCGAUUGGUUUAGUGUCACUCGUUCUAUGGAUGAUGCCGAUGAUCCCACAGUUUCGAGCAAACUAUAAGAAUAAAUCGUGUGCUGGCAUUUCGUUGGCUUUUCUCCUUUCUUGGAUUUUCGGUGACACAUGCAAUGCUGUGGGCGCGAUUCUCACCAAUCAACAAGCCAUCCAGCAGGCUGUCGGAAUCGUUUACGUCGUUCAGGACAUUCUCGUCGCAUCUCAAUAUGUCUACUACACUCGAGUCUACCAUAAGUUGAGGCCAAAUCAUCGAGGCCCAACCGCAACGCUUUCUUGUUUGGCGAUCGCUGCUUUUGGGUCGUAUUGUUUGAUCGGUAAAGCAAUGCCGAAUGGAGAGAAUGUUUUGCGAUAUGAGCGCUCAGUCUCCCGGGUUCUCGAGGCGGCCACGAUUCCCUCCACUUCCAACUAUCCACCUCGACUCGGCGCUCCCGAUUGGUGGCCGAUUUUCGAGAGCUACACGGAUUUUGCCGGUUACAUAAUUGGUUGCGUUGCUUCAAUCGUUUAUUGUGUGGGACGAAUUCCGCAAUUGAUCUACAAUUAUAAGAGGAAAAGUUGUGAGGGUCUCUCGCCUGCAAUGUUCUACAUAACAGUGGCCGCAAAUUUCACUUAUGGAGUCUCGGUGAUGAUGGCUUGUACGGGAUGGCAUUACUUUUGGAGACAUCUCCCGUGGAUCGUGGGUGCAAUUGGCUGGGGAUUCUUGGAUUUCCUGGCUAUUAUGCAGCUUUAUCAAUACAGAAAAGUGGCGGCUCAUGAACGCGAUCGUGACAGUCUUUUGCAGAACACCGACGAUGAGGAA